GCCCUGAGCCGCGCAGCCGGCGCAUGAUGAACUCGCUCCUCUUCGGGGAGAUGGCCUUGGCCUUCGGCUGCCCGCCGAGCGGCGGCGGCGGCGGGAGCUGUCCCAGUGGGGGCGGCGGCGGGGCCGGGCCGGGGCCAUCACCGGUGACCGCGGCGCUGCGGGACGACCUGGGCUCCAACAUCUACCUCCUGAAGGGGCUCAACGUGCGCUUCCGCUGCUUUCUGGCCAAGGUGCAUGAGCUGGAGCGGCGUAACCGGCUGCUGGAGAAGCAGCUGGAGCAGCAGCAGAGCGAGCGCGAGCGGCGGCUGCGCUACAAGACCUUCUCCCGCGAGCAGGCCGUGCAGACCGGGCCCGAGCUUCUGCGGCCGGCGGCGGCCGGCAUCGGGCUCGGCAGCAGCGCGUCGGCCGGCGCCAACGCCAAUGCCGUGGCCCUGGGCGGCCUGCCCUCCGGCAGCGGCUCGCACCCGCAGCACUACGGCCGCCUGCCCGGGACCAUCUGGAGCUACACGCAGGUGCGCCGGACGGGCGGCGGCGGCGUGGAGACAGUGCAGGGACCCGGCGUGUCUUGGGUGCACCCCGAUGGCGUGGGCGUGCAGAUCGACACUAUCACGCCCGAGAUCCGCGCACUCUACAACGUGCUGGCCAAGGUGAAGCGCGAGCGCGACGAGUACAAGCGGAGAUGGGAGGAGGAGCUCGCCAAGCGCAUGAAUCUGCAGACCAUGGUGGACACGCUCCAGGAGGCGGCACAAGAGGCCGAGGCCAUCCAGGAGGAGAUGAACGAGAAGAUCGAGCGGCUCAAAGCUGAGCUGGUGGUGUUUAAGGGGCUCAUGAGUGACCCCAUGACAGACCUGGACACAAAGAUCCAAGAAAAGGCCAUGAAGGUGGACAUGGACAUCUGCCGCCGAAUCGAUAUCACAGCCAAGCUGUGCGAUGUCGCACAGCAGCGGAACUCGGAAGACGUGUCCAAGAUCUUCCAGGUGGUCCCCAAAAAGAAAGAGCGGAAGGUGGCUUCAGACGAUGACAUCUCCGAGCAGGACGGAGAGGUGAACCGGUUCUCAGACGAUGAAGUCGGCUCCAUGAACAUCACAGAUGAGAUGAAGCGCAUGUUCAAUCAGCUGCGGGAGACCUUUGAUUUUGACGACGACUGUGACAGCCUGACAUGGGAAGAGAAUGAAGACACAUUGCUGCUCUGGGAGGAUUUCACCAACUGCAAUCCCACCAUUGACCUGCAGAGGGAGGAGGAACACUUGGGCAACUUGAUCCACGAGACAGAAUCCUUCUUCAAGACGAGAGACAAGGAGUACCAGGAAACGAUAGGCCAGAUUGAGCUGGAGCUGGCCACAGCCAAGAGUGACAUGAACCGACACUUGCACGAGUACAUGGAGAUGUGUAGCAUGAAGCGGGGCCUGGAUGUGCAGAUGGAGACCUGUCGCCGGCUCAUCAAAGGCUCUGCAGAGAGAAAUUCCCCAUCCCCCAGCUCCAUGGCCAGCAGCGACUCAGGAAGUACAGACGAGAUCCAGGAUGAGUUUGAGCGGGAGGCGGAUGUGGAGCCCAUGGUCAGCUGAUGACUGAGGCCCUAAGUGCCUGGUGGUGUUGGAGAUGGGGCCCUUCCCCCUGCCCCCAUGGGGUCACGAAGGCUCCACACAGACUUCCUACGUCCUCCCUUCUCUGGAGGCCCCGAGGGACUGCUGCUUCCUUCCUUCCUUCCACACUCCCCACCACCAACCAGUGCCCCUUCUCCAUCCUUCCACCCAAGGAAUGGUGCUGUCAAUUUCUAUUGUUCUCCACAUCACAAAUGCAGACUUCUGUCCGGAUGAUGCAGUGUUAACUGUGCCUUUUCCCUUAAGCUGAGCCACUUUGAGCUCCAAAGAAUUAUUCCUAGCAGGUGUUUUUAUACAAAACUCUAAGGUGAGGGCAGGGCCCCUGGGCAUGAUAUAAUGUGGUUUUCUACCCUCCCACCUGCUCAUCUGAUUGGCCAUGAGCUCUGCCCUCCCUUCUUCUACCUGCCAGCACUGACUGAAUUGGGGCUUGGGGUAGUCAGUCUCCCCCAGGAAGGAGCUGUUUGUCUCUGCAACCUUUCCAGGUCUGGGUGGGGGCCUCCCAAAUGUUUCUCACUCACCGAAAGAGAGAAAGAUGGAAGAAGGGAGCAAAAACACAUUUUUAUUUUCUUUUUGGAUCGAGUGGCAAAGUGAAGGGAUGAGGCACUGUGCGGGGAGGUGGAGCCUCACUGUGUUUAAACUACUAUGCAAAAAAAAACAAAACAAACAAAAAAAGCAGCUUGCCUUAUUUCAUUGUGGAAGGUGGGCCCUUUCCUGGACCCAUGGUUUCCCCCUGGAGCUGGGAGGGAGGCAGAAGCGAGGGCCACCUCUCUUCCAGCCUCUGAGGGUGAGCACUGUCUUGGGAGGGGAGGUUGGUCCAGGUUGGUAGCUAGGCCUGGGCUCCUGAAAGAUCCUCAGCCCACCUGACUGCUUGCUUGCUUUGGGACCUCACUGGUUUGGGAGGAUCUUUUAUUGCCCUGGUGACUUGAUGCUCUUUCCCCCUUCUCCAGCCAGCUCCAAGAUAUUAUAGGCCUGUGGUUUCUCUGUGAUAAAGUCUGAAGGGGGCCAGGCCUGGUAUCCUCCCCCUUUCACAGUGGAGCUCUGGUUAGUAUUGGCCUGCUGCCAUCUUGGUUCUCCACUGUCCCCAAGUUGCCUGCUGUUUGGCCACUGGCAGGAAAGAGGCAUUGGAAAGGGGAAGGGAGGGAGGCAGUGAGGGCUGCUGGCAGAUUGGAGGUGGCAGGAUUAGAAGCCUGAGUGAGGACCAUCCUCUGUCCCACUCAUGAACAUACAUAAGCCUCUUUCUAUAAUUCACUGACUAACCAGUCGGGGAGUUCAUCUGAGCCAAUAGCUCCCCAAGACUUGAGUGGCCCGUAGUUGCAGGGCACUGUAUUGAGACCACCGCCAGAUCUUAGCUUGGAGCUGGCCUAGCAGCCUUUUUUUUUUUUUUUUCUGUUUGUACCCACUACAGUGGUGUGGGAGCCCUGGUGGCAGAGUGGUUAAUUGAUAUGGCUGCUAACCAAAAGGCUGGCAGUUCAGAUCCACCAGCAGCUCCUUGGAAACCCUAUCGGGCAGUUCUACUCCAUCCUAUAGGGUCUCUAUGAAUCAGUUUGGUGUCUUUUUUUUUGACAGUGGUGUGAUGGCUGAUUUUUGCUUUCGUUGGCCCAGGAGUGCCCCCUGGAGGUCAAAAGAGUAAAAUGUGCCCAAAGACCAGAACUUCAUACCCGCUUCCUGUGUCUGGAGGCAGAGGAGGGAGCUCUGGCUUUGGGUGGGAUUGUGGCCCCUGUAUUUCCUCCCCAGGGCACCAGCAACCUUAAAGGGCCUCCUCUCUCCUCCGUUUCCCCUCUCUGUUUUGCAGUCUUUACCAUUGUACAUAAUAUUCAUAUUAUAUAUACGUAUAUGUAUAUGGAAAGAGAGCGUGAGAGUGUAUUAGUGACUAUGUGUAAUUUAUCAGACCUUGGUGGCCUUUAUCAUGAGUUUUUUCCUUUCUUUUGUUUUUUUUGUUGUUGGGGGAAUACCCUACUGGUUCCCUGUGGCAGCCUGGCCAAGAGGCUUCCUUUCCCAGCAUCUCUUAUUAGCCAAACAGUCCUUUGAUAGGUACUUGGAGGGAUGGUGGUUUUGAAGCAGAGACUGCCCCUCCUCUUCUCCUCACCGGCCCUCCUUCUAAAGGUUACAGGGUUCAAACAUACCUUAUUAUUAUUAUUGUUGUUAUUGUUAUUUUUAUUUUAACCAAAGGUUAUCAGAGCCAGUUGGGCUUGGACCUCAGCUGCUGAAAAGAUUUUCCGUUUCCCCGAGGACAGGACACUGGCCAAACCUCUGUGGGUCUCCUUUGUCCAGGGCUGAGAGGGGUGUUGAAUGGCAUGGUUUGGGGGUUAGGUAGGCAGCAUGGAAGCCAGCCCUGGGUUGUUCCUCAAGGUGUUGGGAGGGUGACAGACAUAUCUUUAGAGUUAAGGCAGUAAAGUAAUAGUGUAAGUAUUUGAGGGUAAUGAAGGUUACGGUGGUGACUGGUGUCUGGUGUAUUAUUUUUGCUUUCCCCCUUAUAUACAUAGGUCAUUUGUCUUUGGAGAUUAGGGUGCUGUGAAUUUGUCUAGAGAGUAUGGAGAUGGCAGGAGCUGGAGAGAGAUGGUGGUCAGAGAGCUCCUUUCUGCUGGUUUCCAAUAGCUGCUCUCCACUUGGGGGCAGGUGAAUGGGGGAAAGGACAGCAAUGGUGUAGUCAACCUGCCUCCUGGGCUGGUUCCUGGGUCUUGGCGUGGCUGCCUCCCUCCCCACCAAGUUCUUUUUUGAGUUAGUUGCCAGUGGGCCCUGCUUAUCCCCUCGCCAUGAGCCCACAGCUUGCCAAGAAAGACCCCAAUGCUCACUGGGGCAGCUCCAGGCCAGGUUGGCACAACCUGGUGUGUCCUUUGUAAAGCUGUAUAUACUUAAUUUUGGUUUUCUAUUUCUAAGCCCAGUGUCAUAUUGACAUUGGUAUUUUAGAAUUGUUCUCAGAUGGGCUCUCCUUUGCUGCCCUCUCUCACUCUCCUAUUUUUGGGGGGUUUAUAAAAAGAGAGGAUUGGGAAGGGGCAGGGAGAGUAGCUUCCUUUUGGCUCCCUGGUUGUGGAACACACACACACACAGACACACAUAUAAACACAUUCCCAUGAGACUUGAAACAGGGGAAAAAUAUUAUCAGCAAACAAAGACAUUUUGUUUUCUUGUAGCAAACAGAUCUUGAGGUCGCUGAAGAACCAGGCAGAAAUUAUGUACUCGUGUGUUCAUCAGGGACUUAGCUCUGUGGAUGUAGCUCAGAUCUGUGGGAAUCAAACCACUUGGCUUGGGAUGGGGGUAGAGGGAGUAGGGUAGGGGUUAAUGUAAGGUGUAACUUAAGCUAAAUGUAAUCUAUUUAUAAAGCAAGAGACUCUCAUCUAUUUUUAUGAAGGGGAAGAUUUUUUAAUCUCGGGUAGGCAGUUGUGGUAGCCCAGCAUUUUUCUGUGGACAAGAUAUGCAUGUUGCUCCUGGAUUGAAUAUAAUCAGCACCCUUCAACCUGUCUUCCCAGCCUCACCGCCUAGCCAUCCACAGUGAUGAGCGACCUCUGUGGAGUGUAGGAUCCAUCUCACCCCAUUUUCCUCUUCCCUGACCCUCCCACAGCUCCUUGGUCCUGGGAAGUCUUGGGGGGGGUGCUUGUGGGGGUG